AUGGUCGCCGUGGCGGGGGCGGCGGUGGCGGCGGAGCUGUGUGGAGCAUGGACUUCGUCCGAAGCUGGCGGGGUGAAGCACGGCAUCUAUGGCGCAAUAGCUGCUUUGAACCGGGCCUUUGGAAAGGAGCAGGGAAUGCUGGGACAGUGUUGCGACGACAAGGCGGUCGUGGCCUCAUCUUGGUCUUUCAACAUGUUUCUGUUUCUUUGGAACCCUGUCCACGUGGAAGGCCACCGGUCAAAGGUCACACAAGCCACGGCUGACGACGUCAAGUUUGAACGACACGACAAGGCUCAAGCAGAAGCAGCAAGGGUCGUCGUCCGUGAUGAGCAGCUAGGAAGGGUAGUGAGGAUUGCUCUGCAGAAGAACACACUCUUUUUGGAUGGUUUCCAGGCGGUCUGGUCUGAAACUCACUGCAUGUCCCCACAGUCGCGGACUGCUUUCGCCGAAGAAUCAGCAUCAGGAGCAGAUGGGGAUAAGCAUGAGGUGCCCUGCGCGUCCUUCUGUGCGACGACGGCACAAACGGCUGCGUAUCUUUCCAAAAUAGCAGCGUUGGCGUAA